AUGUCCACACCACAAUUGAUGAGAGUCAAAAAGCUCUCCGAAUUUGCCAUUCUUCCAGUUCGUGGCUCUCAAUAUGCUGCAGGAUUUGAUUUGGCUUCUGCCUAUGAUUGUAUUGUUCCUGCUCGAGGUAAAUGUCUUGUAAAAACGGAUUUGGCCGUUGCUGUUCCUCAUGGUUAUUAUGGAAGAGUUGCUCCACGUUCGGGUUUGGCUGUUAAGAAUUUCAUAGAUGUUGGUGCAGGUGUUGUAGAUUCCGAUUAUAGAGGAAAUUUGGGAGUAUUGUUAUUCAAUCACAGUGAUGAAGAUUUUAAAAUUGCCAGAGGAGAUCGAAUUGCACAAUUUGUAAUUGAACAAAUUGCCUUGCCAGAUAUUGUAGAAGUUGAUGAUUUGGAUGAAACAGAACGAGGAGCAGGUGGAUUUGGAUCUACUGGUAUCAAGACAAAAUAA